AUGACCACAGAAGCCUGUCCCAAAUACUGCUCGUGCCAGAAUCUGUCAGAGUCUCUGGGAACGCUAUGUCCCUCCAAAGGACUCCUGUUUGUGCCUCCGGACAUCGACCGCGGGACAGUGGAGCUGCGUCUGGGCGGGAACUACAUCCUUCGCAUCACUCAGCUCGACUUCGCCAACAUGAGUGACCUGGUGGACCUGACCCUGUCGCGGAACACCAUCAGCUACAUUCAGCCCUUCUCGUUCGGAGACCUCGAAACCCUGCGCUCGCUGCAUUUAGACAACAACCGUCUGAUAGAGCUGGGGCCAGACGACCUGCGGGGACUGAUCAACCUUCAACACCUCAUCGUCAACAACAACCAGCUGAGCCGAGUGCACGACAAGGCCUUCGAGGACAUGGCCCCUGCUCUGGAGGAUCUGGAUCUUUCCUUUAAUAACCUUGUGUCUUUGCCCUGGGACUCUGUUCGGCAAAUGAUCAACCUCCAUCAGCUCAGUCUAGACCAUAAUCUUCUGGAUUACAUUCCAGAAGGGACUUUUAAGGACUUGGAGAGGUUAGCUCGACUGGACCUGACCUCGAACCGAUUGCAGAAACUAGCCCCAGACCCCAUCUUCGCCCGUGCUCAGGACUCCAUCACACUCACCACGCCCUACGCUCCGCCGCUGUCUCUCAGUCUCGGAGGAAACCCUCUGCAUUGCAACUGUGAACUUCUGUGGCUAAGGAGGCUGGACAGAGACGAUGAACUCGAAACCUGCGCCUCUCCACCCAACCUGAAGGGGCGCUACUUUUGGAAUGUACAAGAAGAGGAGUUCAUGUGUCAGCCUCCUCUCAUCGUGCAGCACACUCACAGGAUGCUGGUGUUAGAAGGACAGACUGCGAGCUUACGCUGUGAGGCCAGUGGAGACCCCGCCCCUAUCAUCCACUGGCUCUCUCCCGAUGGCCGUCUUCUUGGAAACUCCUCCAGGACCUCUGUGUUCGCCAACGGCACGCUCAGCAUCACCAUCACCGUCUCCAAGGACUACGGGACAUUCACUUGCAUCGCAGCCAACGUGGCGGGCGAGUCCACGGCACCUGUGGAAGUGUCCAUCGUGCAGCUGCCCCACCUGAGCAACGGCACAGGGCAGUCCACACAGCCCAAGUCCCGCCUUUCCGACAUCACAAGCACCACCAGGGUCAGUAAAGGGGCCCCCAAAAGCCCCCCGGAGAAGGAGGUGGGUGUGUCAGAGGUGAGCGGUGUGUCGGCUCUGGUCACUUGGACGGUCAGUAACGCAGCCCCCAAAGUGAAGAUGUACCAGCUCCAAUACAACUGCUCUGACGACGAGGUGCUCAUCUACAGGAUGAUCGCUCCCUCUGCUCAGUCUUUCCUUCUCACUAAUCUUGUGUCCGGGACACGCUAUGACCUGUGUGUGCUGGCGGCCUGGGAUGACACCGCCACCACACUCACAGCCACCAACGUAGUGGGCUGCACUAACUUCCUCACCCUGGACGAGUACCCGCAGUGCCAGGCGCUGCCCAGCCAGCUGCUGGGGGGCACCAUGAUCCUGGUGGUGGGCGGAGUCAUUGUGGCCACGCUACUGGUCUUCAUCGUCAUCCUCAUGGUGCGGUACAAGGCGGCGGAGGGAGAGGCCCUGGGGAAGAUGGGGGGUUUGACAGACAUACACACUCAGUCUAAUGGGGGCCGCUUAGGGCCCAAUGGUCUGGUCCUGCCCCCAGUGCGGGCUCCGGGGCCCUCUGGGCCCUCUGGGCCCUCGGGACACACAGAGAAGGCUGCGGUGACUGUGCGCGAUGAAGUGGUGCAGUUUAAAUGUGGCUCUCUGCAGAGCAGCCUCACCUCCUCCUCCUCAUCCUCAGGAUCAGCUCCUGAGUGCUCCACCAGCCCCAACAGCACCCUGGCUCACAUCUGGAGGUCUGCGGCUCCGAAGCCCAGGAACCUGGACCACCUGCUGGGGGCUCUCACGGCUGUGGAGCUGCGAGGGCCGCAGCAUAGAGACGCUGGGGGCCCGCCCUCUGUCAGACUGACAGGUCGUGUGGAGCAGGAGCCGCUGCUGGGGCGCACCCUGGACUCUCGCCUCAGCAGACUGCUGCUGCUGCCGCUGGAGCGGCCCAGACGCAGCCAGUCCUUCGACAUGAGCGACUCGGGCGGUGCCCAGCGCUGCAGCCGCCCACGCCGCAUCAGCCGCAUCUGGACUAAGAGGAGUCUGUCUGUGAACGGCUCCCUGCUGCAGAGCGAGGACGAAGGAGACCCGGGGGACACCGGCACGCCUGACAGUGCAGACUGGGUCCUGGAGAGUACUGUGUAG